CACCCAGCCAAGAGCCACUGCCCACACCCCUCCUCCACUCUCAGCUCACAGUCUUUCUCUCUGCUGCUGUGGACCAGCCUCUCACCCUGCUUCACUUACAUAAAGUGACCACAGCUACUUCUCCAAAAAUCUUCCAGCAUCUGGAUCUCAGCUGUUUACUUUUCAGUUUUGACCUUUUUUUGGGGCUGAGGCCUUCACUCUCUGUUGUGCGCUGUGCGACUGUAGUGUUGUCGUUCUUUGCCCCCUGAGUGAGCUCGGGAGUCCCUUCAUUCAUCACGAACCAGGACGAGACUUGACCGCCAUGAAUGUUCAGCUGCUGCUCCUGUUGGCCUUCUGCGCCUUCACACAUGCAAGCCCCACCGCCCUCCCCACAGACCAUGACAUUUUGACAACCGACUCCGGAGCGGACAUCAUCUUGGAGGCCACGGAAGCCAGCAAAGAUCUUGACGUUGUCACUGGUCCUCCUCCAACCGAGCCUGCCACGGCCGAAGAACAAGUCGUAACAGACGCUGUAACCGAGGCGCCUUCCCUUCAGGUUACGACUAAUACCGAGGAGGAGCCUGCGAUUGAGACUGAAACCCCUGCUCCCAUUUCAACUGCACCACCUGAGCCCCUUCGCACUGAGCCCCCUGCUGUGGAAACUUCUGUGCCAACUAAGCCCGCAGAGGCCGAGGUCUUUCCUCAGUGGACGGAAGCAGCCGAGGCCAACAAGGGUGAUGAGGUGGUUGUAGAAGACGGUGCAGAAGAACUGAGCUCUGGUCAGGUGGUCGGCAUCGUGAUUGGUGCCCUGUUGGCCGUGAUUAUUGUCAUCGCUGUGGUCAUUGCUGUCGUGAGGAGGAUGGGAAAAUACUCGCCUUAAAGAAGAACAAGAAGCCGGCCAAGUAGGAGCAGUUGUCAAAGUUCUGGAAAUUCUGAACUACUGAACUGUGACGUCAUUAACCAUCAUUAAAAAAAAAAAAAUCAUCGUGACACCAGAACUUAGUGAUUCUAAACAGGACUGGACUGUGGCCGAAAAGAAGGCACGGGAGGCUAGUAUGUGUGUUUGUAUGAACUGUAUGUGUGUAUGUAUAAUAUGUAUGUAUGUAAGACAAGAGGAGGACUCCAGUUCAUUUACAUCCAUGAACCCCCCCUGGAGGGAUUUUUAUUAAACAAUUCUGGAUUGGAUACAACAUAUUUUAAGGGCUUUAGUGACAGUUAGAUUUUCAUAGAUACAAUAGUAGCCUACUUUAAAAAAAAAAAAAAAAAAGGAAGCUAGCAGGCCACUUCCUGGGUUCACAAAGGAUGAUAUAUUGUAAAAUGACGGCACUGUGCCAUUUUGUUUCACUUCAGACUUAAAUGGCAAAAACAAGAAAAGAAAAAAUGCUAACAAAAGUGGAAAGUCAAGUGGAGUGCUGUGUUUGUGUUCGUCCAUCUGGUUGUCAGGUAGCAGCACUGUUGCCAACUUUUCAGUAAGAAAAGUAGCUAUUGGCUGUCCUAGUCGCUAGAAGUCGUUAGAUGAUGUCAUUUAAUUAGCAUAUCAUUUGCAUAUGACGCUGUACAAUGCUGUAGGAAAAAAAACAUAACCUCGUAGGAGAGACAAAAAAGUGAGUAAAAUACCUUAAUAAUGUUUAGAACUACAAAUAAACUUGAUGCUUGGUUUGUUUAUUUUAAA